GCAGCUCGGGCGGGGCGGAAGCGGCGGCGAAGGACCCCUCGGCCGGCCGGCGCGGCGGCGGUUUCUGAGCCCGGACCGGAUCAUGUCGAAAGUCACCUUUAAAAUCACGCUGACCUCGGACCCGCGGCUGCCCUACAAAGUGUUAAGCGUGCCUGAAAAUACACCUUUCACAGCUGUCUUGAAGUUUGCUGCAGAAGAAUUCAAAGUUCCUGCAGCAACAAGUGCCAUUAUAACAAAUGAUGGAAUAGGAAUAAACCCUGCACAGACAGCAGGAAAUGUUUUCCUAAAGCAUGGUUCAGAACUACGGAUUAUUCCCAGAGAUCGUGUUGGGAGCUGUUAGUAUCUACUGAGUGGUUUUGGAAUAAGUGAAAUCAUCAUGCUAAAGAGUAAAUGGUCAUAUUUAUUUUGGAAUUCUACAGUACAACUAAUGAAUCAGCCUGUUUUAAAAUUGCAAUGACUAUCUGGGAUUUAAAAAUUAAUUAAAAACAGAGUUUUUCGUUUUCCUUCCCUAUUAGCAUUUAGCAAAUCAUAAAAAGCUGGCCUGACCCUUCAUCUACUAAUGGAAGAAUGGUCUGACGUAAUGCUAUGUUCUUGAAAGCAGGAUGGACCUCUUUCUUUUUAGUAACAGAACCUCUUAGGAAAUGUUAUUGAAAACAAAAGGGAAAACCUUGACAGUAGAGAUAUAUAACUGUGACUGAUAGAUUAAUAAUAGAAUCCUGUAUUUAGACAUUUAUUUUGUGAAAGGAGAAGCUGUAUUUGAUUUUUAGAAAAGGAGACCAUUAGGAAAAAAUUCUUUCCUACUGAAAGCUAAAAAACAUUAGUCUAAGCCCUGAAUUAUGUAUAAUGUACAUUGUCAAACUCAAAGAAACAAUUUUCCUCACAGUUAAAAUUUUCAGUCCAAAUAGAAGGGGUAUCUUGAAAACUUCAGAUUCUUUUGUUACUGAAAUAUGCAGAGAACUUCUAAGAAAUGUAAAUACUUGGCUAUAAUCAUAAGUUACUGGAAAAAAAAUAAUUAAAGAAAAAUAAAUGUACUUUUGUUAAAUCUUCAUUUGAGCUUCAUUGGUCAAACUAGCUUUUACAAAUUUUCACUGAUACUGGAUUUAACAUUAAAUAAAGUGCCCUCAACUGAAAGGUGUAAAAUCACAAAUCAUGGGAAUCCCAUAUGCUGUAUGAUAGGGAUUUAUCAGUUGAAUACCACAUUCCUUUAUCAGCAAACAUAUUUAUUUGAGGAAAACGUCUUAGUUUAUGGCUAUUGUAUGUUACUUGGGAAACAGUGGUGGAAUCACUUGAAUGUUUGUAUGUUCAGAAAUUAAGCAUUUUGUUUAUAAAGUGUCUGAAGUUAAAUUGUUACAUCAACCAUGGACCUGCAUUGGAGAAAGCAGUUUGUCUUGUUUUGACACACAAUCAUAUAUUGUAGUUUCAAGCUAGUAUGCAUUUUGCCAAACAACUCAUCAUGCAUUUUAUCUAUACCUCAUACAUUUAAUUUAUUGAGGUUACAAAAAAUUGAACAAUAAACGAUAAUACUUUAGAAAAACAA